AUGGCCAUACGAGUUUAUGGAUCUCAGCUUUCGGCCUGUACGCAGCGGGUAAUGCUUGUCUUGAACGAACUCGAUCUGCCAUACGAGUUGAUAGAUGUCGACAUGAGCCAAGGUGCACACAAGUUCGUUCGCAACAUCCACNCCUUUGGCAAGCUUCCAGCGCUUGAGGAUGGCUAUCUUCACGUAUUCGAAUCCAGAGCCAUCUGCAAGUAUCUGAUCGCCAAGUAUGCACACCCAGAUUCGUCCUUGUUGGCUCCGAUGGAUCCAGAAAAUCUUGCCAUCUUUGAGCAGGCCGCAUCAGUUGAAUAUUCGUACUUCGAUACGAGCAUCUUCAAGCUUGCAUACGAGAAGUUAUUCAAGCAGUGA